AUGCGUGUAUCAUGUCCAGGCGAGCCGAUAGCGAGAACUCAAGCUGCAGGGGCAGAAGCCGCAGCGGAGGACAUGUCGAAGCACCCUUCUUCGCUGCAUCCAUGCUGUACAGACUUCCUGCCAAAUGUAGCAGUCGCAUCAGCAGCAAGGAAUGGCGGCUGGCUCGUCCUAAAGCCCUGCCUCAGCGGUGACAGCAGCAACAGCACAGACGACGUUUUGAAGACAGCGCCGUCUUCCCAACCAGCCACUUUAAAAUCCCCAUCAUCAGAAACACCGCCAUCAGAAACAUUAGCAUCGGAAACAUUAGCAGCUCAAGCAGAAGAAGCAGCACUGGAGGGUCUUGCUGCGUCAUACUGUGCGCACCCUGCCGCCUUGCUGCAUCGCCAGGCGUUCGGCGAUUAUCUGUUGCUGCUGCAGCAGCAGCAACACCAAUGGCUGCAAGAUAUUUGCAGCUGCUGCCACGCAGGCAGAGAGACGCAGCUAUGCGAGCUGCUGCAGCAUGUGCAUGACGCGUUCGCCUUCACGUUUUUCAGGGAGGCAGCGGCAGCAGCAGCCGCAGCUGCUGCAACGUCACCCCGCCUAGCAGGAGAAGAGGCUGGUGCUGAGGACAGAAAUGAUGCAGAAGCCUCUGCUUUAGCGGCGGCAGCAGCUGCAGCGAGUGCUGCUCACAAGGCUAAUCGUCAAGGCGUGCGGCACUUUUGUCGCGCCAUAGCGGCUCACGCGCCUUGGCUGCGGCGGUCUAAAAGGUUCCCUGCUGCUACGGAUGCAGAUCAAGGCGAUGCAGCAACAGAAACAGCAACGGAGACAGCAACAGCAGCGAAAGCAGCAAGAGCAGCAACAGCAACAGAAGCAGCAGCAGCAUCGUCGUGCGAGACUUGUGGAUCAGCGGAUGGCGGCGGCGCGGUCAUAAUCCGCAUGAGUCUGUAUGCGAGCCGCUCCCUGCCCCCCAUCAGCAGCAGCAGCAGGAGCACGAGCAGCAGCAGCAGCUUCAUUCGCGGAGGCGGCUACACUCAGCAGCUGCCGGAGAGGCAAUUGCCUGCGCUCCGAGAGGGGCAAAGCGUUGCUUCGACGCGGCUUUUUUGCUGUGUCGCGGAGGCCCUUCGUGGCAGCCAAGCUGCCGCCUCUGCUGCCCUUUCGCUGCAGCAACAGCUCUCAGCAGUGCUUGCAGAAGCUCGUGCGCGGCAGCUUUUGUUCAGGAAGACCCUUCGGCGUCUGUUAGAGCCGCCUUCGUGCGAACAGCAGCAGCUGCCGCAGCCCCCUUUGACGCGUCUCCAGUUGAGCUUGCUGCUUUCUGCAGGCGGUGGGGUGCUCUCGCUGCCUUGUACCUUGUCGGAGGAGCAGCGCGCAGACAUCUUGCAGCUGCUGCUCCGGCGGGUGUUCUCCGCAGCAGCAGCAGCCCCUGCUGCAAAAGCCACCGAGCGUCAGAUCCGGAAGCUGGCACGCCUGGGAGCCCUAUGGAGUUGCGGCUUCUCGGUAGCUGAUCUGCGCUGUCUCGUGAGUGCCGCUGUAUCCAGCUGCAUGCAACAGCAACUGCGCAGCGGCGGUGCGGGCAGCAAGGGCAGCAGCAAGGGCAGCGACAACACAUGCAGCGAGUGCAGUGGCAGCAAAUGCAGCAAAUGCAGUGGCAACAAGAACGGAAUGUUGAGUGCUGCAAAUCUCCGAGAGGCGUUGCUCUCUGUAUGCCCAUCCGCCGUUCGGCUGAUGCACGUGGGGGCAGUGCAGCGGGUAUUCCCGCCGCUGUCCAGCCCGCAAAAUGCGGAAGACAAUGAGCUUUUUGCAAAUUCUGCAGGAUCUCCCUCCUCCGCUGCACGGCUCACUUAUUUCACGUAUACCCGCAGCAGAAGCUGCAGCGACACCUCCGGAUACUCGGACACGUGCAGCAGCAGCGAUGCGAGUGGAAGGGCCAGCGAUGAGAGCAGCAGCGACGGGGAGCAACUCAGCAGCAGGAGGCAGUGCAGCAGGACGAGGUGUUGGUGUGGGAGCUGCCGUUUGAGAACCUCUUUCGGUCUGGCAGCCGUCAUCGGGCAGCGCCUGCUGGUGCGGCGGCUGCGAAACGAAGUGAUCGAGCCCUUUAAGCGUCGAAUUCGCCAACUCUCUGAUGCUGCUGCGCUUCCUCAUGCUGAGCUUGCGACAACUCCACUGGGGUAUAUUCUGGAGGGACCUGCAGGGGCUGGCAAGUCCUUUAUCUGUGGCUGCAUAGCGCAUUCUGCGGGCGCUAUUUUCGUGCGGGUGUCGGCGGCCGACUUGCUGCGAAAGGAGGUGGCGGCUGCAGAUAAGCAGCUGCUGCGAAUUUUUGCUUCCUUGCGCUCAUGCAUCCCUGCGGUGCUGCUCAUCGAGGACAUCGACAUCCUUUGCAGCAGUGAUGGUAGCAGUAAGGUCGCAGGAACGCUUUUGCAGCAGCUUGAUGAAAUUGCACUUAGUAGGGCCUUUAGCAGAGAGGAAGGGUCAAGGCGAGCUGCAGCAGGCGUGCUGCUCCUUGCCACUGCGCGAGACGCCACGCGGAUUGAUUCCAGGCUCCUUGUUCCUCACCGCCUCGGCGGGAUCUUCACGUUAGAAGGCAGCAGCGGGAGCAGCAGCAGCGACGUCGCUUCCGCAGUUGCUGCGGCGGCAGCAUUGCUGCAGCGCUGUCUCAUUGGUCGCUGCAGCCCCUCCAUCCGGAGGCGAGACUUGCGGCAGCUGAUGCACGAGCUUGUAAGCUACAGCAGGCAAGACCCCUCAGAGGUAGCGAGGGGAGAGGUAGAGCCUCUAUCGGCCUCCUUGUGUGUGUCUUUAUGCCAAGAGGCCGCUGUCGCUGCAGUAAGGCGGCAG